UACGACAAGUUUUGAAGGCGUGCUUACCCGGUUGAACUUUGACGAAAUGAUAUUUAUGCGAGUCCAUAACCUCUUUACGUAGCCCGUGGAAAAUUCAAUAUGGCGUGUUUGACGUGCUUGAUAAGAUUCGACGUGGUUGCUUGUCCUAUGUUGAGCUACGUUUCUCUCCGUUAUAUAAAUACUUGUGCCGAAAACAAUACGUAUCCUUAUAAAUUUCACGGACUUGUCACAAUUCCAAGAGGUUAUGAGACAGAGAUCUUGUAAACGCGCAUCCUAGGCACAGUGUAUAAAGAGGUCGUUCGUGGACAGAACGAGUAGAGAUCAGCACGUUAAUGAUGCAGGAAAUUGCUCUGGCAGCCUUCUCCGUAAUUUCGAGUUUACUCAUCGUUUUUGGUCUUAUACUUCUUGGUUGGUAUCUUGUUUGGAAGUUCUUCCUGUCCAGAUUUAGAUUCGUGAGAGAACUUCUUGGUGGUAUGAGUGAGUCUUCGUCAGUGAAUGAUUUGAAGAACGGCAGAUCUCGCAUGAAAAAGGUGCGUCGAGACUAAGGACGUUCCUACAGGAAGAAAUAUAGAAUUGUAUUUGAUUGGAUAAAUAAGGUGGAGGAAGAUUUAUGUACUACGAGUUAAGUAGCAAGAAUUCAUCAUGUCUAUAAACAUACGCUGUGCAUCGACAGAGGAUCUUCUCAAUAUUCAACAUUGCAAUCUGCAGUGUUUGCCAGAAAAUUAUCAGAUGAAGUACUAUCUUUAUCAUGCGUUAUCGUGGCCACAAUUGAGUUACGUAGCAGAGGAUGAAAAAGGACGUAUAGUAGGUUAUGUCUUGGCCAAAAUGGAGGAAGAUUGCGAAGACAAUCCCCAUGGUCAUAUUACAAGUCUGGCUGUGAAGCGUUCCCACCGUCGUCUGGGAAUUGCUCAGAAGCUUAUGAAUCAGGCCUCUAGGGCAAUGGUCGAGUGUUUUGGAGCAAAAUAUGUUUCCUUGCACGUGCGACGCAGCAAUAGAGCUGCCCUCAAUCUGUACACGAGUAGUCUACAAUUUGAGGUGUCGGAGGUGGAACCAAAAUAUUAUGCUGAUGGGGAGGAUGCAUAUGCCAUGAAGAGGGAUCUAAGUAGUUUUUAUCAAGAAAAAAAUGCAGCCAAGGAGAAAGUGAACAAGGAUGGUACUCCUCAUAUGCAUACUGGCAGAUGUUGCGAGCACUCCUAGUCACGCUUACAAUUCAUUAAAUUACAUAAACAAUGUUUUCUUGACACUAGGUACACUACUUCUUAAAUGCAAAUUUGAUUAUAGCCAAAACUGUAUAUGUUUUAUAUAGUUACAUUAUGUGAAUCAAUUCUUUGAAUAUAAUGGCAACAGAAAAUUU